UGUUGAGGUACUUAUUUCAAAGUUACACGUAACAACGCAAUUUUCGGUAAUUUCUUGGAUCGUGUUAUUUCUUAAUUGUUCUCUCACCUUUGGUCUCCCAAUAAUAAAUUUGGAAAUUCCAGUUGAUUUCCAAAUUUCACUUGGAUAUUAAUUUUAUUUCAGAAAGCUGCAGGUUUCAGUUAAAGUCCAAAGAAUGCAAAAUACUUCGAGUAAUUGUAGAAGUCUUGCAGUUAUUCUGACAGUAAAACCACACAAACUUCGUACAUACUGAUCAGUAUGAAACUUUUCCUGCACAACAUACUUACUUCUCGUGUACUGAAGGCUGUGAAAGUGGGCUAUCCCUUGCAGCUGAAGGCCAAGGAGUUGAAAGUGUCUACGGUCGACUACGAUCCGUCAUCUGUUGCACGUUUAAUACCAAAAGUUGAGUGGUCUGUUGUAAAGUCGGUGGCAGAUGAAAUUGGUGAAGAAUAUAUUCCCUGUCUGCCUCAUGAAGUUCCAUCUGACUAUUCAGAAAAUGAAGAGUUUUUGAAAUUAGCUCAUAGAGCACUGCUUGAAGUCGAUAUAAUGGAGGGUGUACUGGUUUGCCCAGAAACCGGGCGUGAGUUUACUAUUUCAAAUGGAAUUCCAAACAUGCUGGUCAACGAGGGCGAAUAAAUCUUCAUGUUUCUUCUCUUUGUACAUUUUCACUGCAUAAUAAACUGUAUUUCAUUACG